AUGGAGGCCUUGCAUAGUCGCCUGACGACUGGGGAGCAGUCUGGAGGUCAAGAGAAUUGUCAACCAGAGUCUCAUCGCAGAGGCCAGCAGCCUAAGUCUCCCUCCCAGCCCUGUCAGCAACAGCAAACUGACGCCCCAAAGCCCCAUGGCACACCACAGCAGCCCAAACAGUCCAGAAGACAGCAUCCUGAACGUAAGCGUCUCAGGCACCAGCGGCAGAGCGUUGACUCAGAUACUGCACCGGAACACAAACAUGAGGCAACAACAGCAACAGAAGCAACCACAGCUUCUAGUUUGUCAUCAGGAGUCCCAACGUCCUCAGCCGGUGGCCCCACACAGUCUAAACCAGAAACCCAGGAGGGCACCCCAAAACAGAAACGUGAGCGUAAGCCUCAGAGACCAGGCAAAUAUGUCUGCAGUUACUGUGGCCGUGCAUGUGCAAAGCCUAGUGUCCUACAGAAACAUAUUCGUUCCCACACAGGUGAAAGACCCUAUCCCUGCGCCCCAUGUGGCUUCUCUUUUAAGACCAAGAGUAACCUGUACAAACACCGCAAAUCGCACACACACAGGGUUAAGGCAGGUCUGGCACUUGGGGAGCCAAGAUCUUUAGAGGAGCAAGUCACUGAGUCAGAAGAUGAAACCAGACAGUUAUCAUCAGUAUCUUCCCAUACAGAAAGACCAAGCAGUGUAGCCUCAAUCAAGAGUCAUGAAACAGACAGGGCCAAAGAUUCCACUGGAAACGAUGACUCCUACGCAGUGAAAAAGAGACUGGCUCUGCGUCUAAGUAGAGGGAAACAUGUUCCUCAAGACUCGUCUGAUGAAAAGGCCUCAUCUCUUAUUUUAGGGAGCAAAGGCAGCACCGAAUCUGGCUAUUUCUCUCGCUCUGAAAGCACUGAGCAGUCACAGGACAGCCCCCCAAACACAAGUGCCAAAAGCUAUGCAGAGAUCAUCCUCGGCAAGUAUGGACGUCUGGGACACCUGCAGAGGAUGCCUCGGCACCAUAACCAGCAGCCCUCUGGUCAGGAGGACAAAAACCUCCCAUUCACAGUCCCCAAGAAGCAGGUCAUUGACCAUAUCACCAAACUCAUCACAAUCAACGAGGCAGUGGUGGACACCAGUAAAAUUGACAGUGUAAAACCAAGAAGAUUCUCACUCUCCAGAAAGAAUAGUUCAGAAUCUCAGAAGAGUUCAUCGAUAAAAGAACCGCUUCUUCAUAGCCCUAAAGCUGGAGAUCUGGGCUAUAAAAACAGUGGCUCCAUCACCAUGGGAGUUCCAUGUGAAAAAUUUCAUCAUCCAUCCCUAAAUGUGGAGCAGCCAGCUGGCCAAACAUCAGCCCCUCUGGAGAGAAGUCACUCAAUGCCAUCUGCAGCCAGUUCAUUUGACGCCUCCAGUGGUGGCCCCAGUAAAUUCCGCCUGAGCCAGUCUUUUGAUGAACGACAGCCUCCUCAAAGGCAGGCAUCCCGUCGUUAUGGGAUGCUAAGACGGCAGCCAGCUAUUGAAAUCCCACUUGGUGCUGAACUCACAAAAGAGGAACAUGAGGGUUCUCAUUCAAUUUACCCUGACAGCUUAACCACUGUGCCUGACCGCAAGCAAAGUCAACCACAGCCAUAUGAGUGUGAGGCCUGUGGCACUGGAUGCAAAGAUUGGGAAGGUUAUAAGAAACACAAGCAAAGCCUGUGCUUAGCACAUCAUCCCAGAAAUGAGGUGGUCAUUAGUCAAAUGGAGUGCUCACAGUUAAUUAACCAUGCAGUCAGAGCAGGAGCUUCAGCAAUGCGCAAGAGGAGGAAAGAAGAGAGUUUUGAAUUUGAUGAUCCCUCUUCUCCCUCAUUACCCUCUCCUGCCCUCUAUUCAGGACAGUGUAAAGAUGAAAGCAAUGCAGUUUAUGAGGGCCCAAGAAGACCUACACUGCAAACCUGUUCAGUAAUUCAACAUACUAGUUCGUUUGAAAAACAAGAAUCUUUGUGUAGUGAGAAUCAAGGCACUGAGGCGACAAAAAACUCUCCACCUCAUGACGAAUGUCAACUGGUACCUCAGAAGCAACCCCAACAACAGUCGACAAAACUAACAAACCGAAAGCUGGUCCGCCAACACAGCGUCAAGGUUCCAGAAAUACUGGUCACAGAGGAUUCCAACACGAGCACAGCGGCCUCAAUAGAGCCAGCUUCAACAGCAAAACAUUCAGAGAAACCGGAUGAAUUUCAGUGGCCGCAGAGAAGCCCCUCUCUGGCCCAGCUUCCUAUUGAAAAGCUUCCUCCAAAGAAGAAGCGCUUACGUCUAGCCGAGGCCGCCCAGUCCUCUGGGGAAUCCAGUUUUGACUCUAUAUCCCUGCCCCGCAGCCCCAGUCAGGACAGUAGUGCGUCUUAUGCAUCCAGUCGUUCCACAUCCUUCGAAGAGUCAAAUAGACCAGAUAUGGAGACAGCGAUAUCGUCACCACUGAGGAGAUCAAGAGCUCCUCACAUGUUGACGGUGCCUGGGGUGCAUCAGCAUAGAGAGAUGAGGCGCUCAGCAUCUGAGCAGGCGCCUCAUGACCCACAACCAAGUGUCCUAAUGGCUGAGACCCGCAGUAAAUCUUUUGACUACAGUUGUCUGUCCCCUGAGCGCUCUGCAGUUGGCUGGAGGGAAAGAAGAAAGUGUCUUCUAAUGAGACACACUGCUAUCAGAGAUCCUGAUGAGGAGGAGGAGGAGGAUCAGUGUGCGGUACCGAGCCGUAGUCCUAAACAUGUCAGCCCGAGCACAUCAUCUCAAGCAAGCCCAACUCCUUUGUACUGCAGUAGGUCCCCUACUUCCCCUUUAUCAGGUGACACACUCUUGCAUAAUCCAGUAAGAUUACAAUGCAAAGAGAUCUUUUCUCAGUGGAAACUCAGUCAAAAUAUUCAGUUGACAGGCAGCACAGAACUCUCCCUCGCUCACUGUCCAUCUGUAGAUCCUCUAAAAGAAGAGGCCUCAUACAUCCAUACAGGGCAGCCCCCUCCCCAAGCACCACAGCCCUAUCCUACACAUGGACCAUCAGGGGCAGCCAGAGCUCGCUACCUCCCCAUGUCGACAGGGCUGAAGCUAGAGAUUCCCUCACUACAUGAUGAUCAUUCAGAGGUCCGAGUAAGUCAAUCCCACAUCCAGCAUUCUGUCCCUCACAUCACCUCCAGUCUGGAACUACUGAGGCCAGUCACAUCUCCAGCAGUAGCAGUGCGUCUCCAAACAGACACCCUCACCCUAGCAUGUGCCAUAUACACCACGUUGUCUCAGUCCACCUCCCCCAAGUCACAGGAGAAGGUUGAUGCUGCUUCACACAAUGUAGGUAUGCCAACAGCUGAAUACAGAGACCAUAGGAACAUAAGUCCGGACCUUCAGUUGUGGUCUGAUGAUGGCCUGAGGAUAUCAGGCUCAGGGGGAAGCAAGCGCAUGCUCUCCCCUUCAAACAGUAUAGAGAUCCUCCCCGAGUCACAGCAACAGCAGAAACGAGUAAAAGAAGAAGAGAAGAGGGAGAUUGGAUGUGUUGACAGGGCAGACUUGGACACAUGCGAUCAAGAACUCGAAGGGGAGAAUCAGUCAUGUCUUCCCAACGUUUGUUCUCCCGUCAGACAUGUUGGACCAUCAUUCCCCAGUCUGCUGUCCAGCACCAGUAAUAGCUGGUGCUAUUUGAACUACAUUAAACCAAACCAUUCUGCUCUGGAUGAAGAGAAGCCCUCAGUUUACUCAUCGUGGUCCACCAGUGGCUAUGACCCCAACCCACCUGGCCUCUCCAGCAAGACAGCUCUGUCUCUGCUACACUGUAAGCAGAGGCUCAGUCCCUCCAUCUACACUAUAUCCCCCAUAACAGACAGGACAACUGAGUCAAUGGAGCAAGAGGACAACAAGAGACCAUGCUCCACCGAGGUCUGCAACAGACAGCUGUACUGCGGAGACCAUGAGGGAACAAGGAAGGGACAGCAGACAGCAGAUGACAACAGGUCAAACAGAAAAGGGGAGAGGGAGGAAGAGAAGAAGGAGGAGGAAGCGCAGUCAUGCCCCAGAAAUAAACAACCCCCUAAAGUUUGGACCUCUGAGAGAGGAGCAAAUGAGAAACACGGCAUCAUGCAUGGUGGAGGUGGAGGUGGAGGGAAGUGCCAAUGUAGGGAUUGUGGACUCCACCUCGAGAAUACCAGUGUUCAGCAAAAGUGCACCCAUCGCAUCACAGUAUCACCAGCAUAUAACUGCAAACAUUGUCACGUUUCUUUCAAAGCCAAAGGAAGCCUCGGCGAACACCUGAGAUCUGCAGCACAUGGAGAAGAAACCUGUGGGCCAGAUGGCGCAGAUGAAGGCGUCUGUGAAAAACCUUCAGUUCACUCCGACAAGCCUAAAGAUCACUGGUACUCUGAUGUGGGGAAAAGUGGAUGUGAUGAGGACGGGAAUGCAAAGGACAAGGAUGGCAGACGUAAUGACGACAACAGGUCCAAGGCGCCUGAAAGCUCUCACACUGCCUCCUCUGAUCGUGAGAAAUCGCAUCCAGGAGGGCGGCCGAUGGAGCCUGAACCCAGCCGGGCCGCCUCUCUUCCCCCCAAGGACUCUACCCAGAAGAGCUCGGCCAGCGCCAGGAGGGCCCUGUUCGCCCGAAGACGCCUUGAAGCUUCAGCAUCGGCAUCCUCAGGAGGCUCCCGUUCUCCAAGCACUCCAUCACUGAUUCCACAGAGGGAGCCGUCUCCACCUCACAGUCUGUCACCCAGGCCUCGACAGUCCCCUGCUCCCUCUUCCUCCCUCUCCCCACCAACCUGUUAUGUCUCCACCUCCACUCUUAGAUCCGGCUCCCCUGCUAGAGGUCUUUCUCCUAUAAUAGUCCAGUCCCAUGGAUCUGAGUCCUCUGGGCCUCCAGGUUCUCUGGCAGACACUUCAGCUCAGUGCCACACCUGCCUUCACCCAAGAGACCGACUGUCUGCAGCAAGACUGUCUGUGGAUGAGGUUGGUCUGACCCACUUCACCCCACAUCCCACACGGCCUCGGGGAGCCCACAACCUCCUGAGUCACCUCCCUCUGCACUCCCAGCAGCCGAGCAGGGCCCCGAGCCUCCUGAUUCCCAUCGGGGGGAUUCACAUGAUUCAGCCCAGGUCCCUCCUCCCUGUGUACAGCCUGGUGAGCAGCCCCACAGCAGCCACGGCUAACCCCGCAGGGCCAUCCUGGAGACUAAGCGACGCUCCGAAGGGGAGGUUUUCUCCCCUGCAGCGGCAGGAUACUCUCAAAGAGACGUUGGCCAGCAGCCCAGCCAGACCGCCGGACCAUGGUGCAUCAGGGGGGAUGUCCGGGAGCAGCCGGUCGGACCCUGUAAUGCACAGAAAGAAUCAGGGACGCUUUGGCGUCCAACAGCCGUCCAGUCCAGGGACAGAGACGAGGCGUCCGGAGGUAAACACAGAUGCACAUGUCACAGAGAGGCGUGUUUACCCCGAGACCACCCAAGGCCAAAAAAAGGCUCCUUCCUCCCAAACACAACUCUGA